AUGGACUGCUUCUGUUAUGGGUCCCUGCGUCUUCUAUUGGAUGCUCACGUGGCAAUUCAGCAAGACAAACUCGAUGCACAAAUAUAUCCUCGAACACCGAAGAUAUCCAAUCUGCUACUGCUGGAAAAUGACACAAAUCCCGUGAUUCAGUUCCUGGGAAGGAUAAUGAAGCGACUGGGCCCUGCGACGGUCGUGGAUACCGUUGCUGUUUAUCUCAUUGUUUACCGCUUACUGCGGUGGCGCGUCUAUCCAGUUGACGAGACAUACCAGGAUAUCCCUGUCUGGUAUCGGCCCUCGACGCUUCAACUCACACAGCCGCAUGCCCUUUGCAUUGACUUCCUAGCCUGGCCUGAUUUAAGGGAAUAUCUCAUUUCCACCCUUGAUCCGGUCCAACGAGUCUCAUUUACCAAGGCCAUUGGUGAAUCAAUAACAGUUGAUUGGCCAUCUGGAAGAGAGUAUCUGAUCAGAAAUGACCACGGCGAAUCGAUUUUGAACUCUGAAUUUGAAGAGCAUAUCUAUGAGUUCAAAAAUUGGAAAUUGCGUCGGAAGCCCUGGGGUGAAAAAUAUCCCAAUUUGACACAUCUUGUCAACAUAAUCGAUGAAUAA